AUGGUCAUCUCAUUCUCAUCAUACUUCCUUCUUCUCUUCUUCAUCCCUUACGCAGCUUCAAUCACCUUUAAUUUGACAAAAAUCGUUCAACAAAACCAGUACAGGGACAUAAACACAACAGGUUCUGCUUACAUCACCAAUGACGGAAUCCAGGUGACCCCAAACGAGAUCGAUUCAAAUCGGAAUCAGACAGCAGGACGAGCGACAUACGUCAAACCACUUCAUCUCUGGGAUAAUACCACUGGUGAGUUAGCAAGCUUCACUACUGAUUUCUCCUUCGUCAUCGAUUCAAGAUCGUUCCCAGAUUACGGUGAUGGGCUCACAUUUUUUCUGACCGAGGAAAAUUCAGUGAUAAUAAAUGGUUCGUCGAUGGGGCUUCCCAUCGAUGGCUAUACAAAUACCACCUUCAAUCCAUUUGUUGCAGUGGAGUUCGAUACAUUUCCAAACUCGCUCUGGGAUCCGAAAAACUCCAGCGGUAAUUUCGUAGGCACUCAUGUAGGUAUCGACAUUAACUCACUUGCUUCUGUUGCGUCUCAGAAAUGGCAACACGGUAUACGUACUGGGAAUGUCUCUCAUGCUUGGAUUGCUUAUGAUUCUGUUUCCAAAAAUCUAAGUGUUUCCUUAACUGGUUUUAGAAAUAACACUAUUGUAAUUCAGUCAAUUCAUCACGUAAUCGAUCUCAGGAGUGUGUUGCCUGAAUGGGUUGCGUUUGGGUUUUCUGCUGCAACUGGAGCUUUCUUCGAGAAAAACAUGGUGAUUUCUUGGGCUUUCAAUAGUUCUGAAUUAAAGAGUCAUGAAAACAACCCCUCGCCAGAUACUGUGAAGAAAAAGAAAAGCACAGGACUUGUGGUGAAAUUAAUCAUUGGAUUAUCUGUUUCGAUUACAUUUAUAGCUGCUAUUGUGAUCGCUAUUUGUGUGUGGAAGAAGAAGACGAUGAACAAAAGAAGGGAAGAGGAAGCAGGAUUUCAUAUUGGGAUGAACAGUGAAUUCGAAAUGGGAACAGGUCCAAGAAGAUUCUCUUACAGACAAUUAGCUCGGUCAACCAAUGGGUUUUCAGAAAACAAGAAACUUGGUGAGGGAGGAUUCGGUGGUGUUUACAAGGGUUUCUUGAAAGAAUUAAACAUGAAUGUUGCAGUCAAAAGGGUUUCCAAGACUUCAAAACAAGGGAUCAAAGAAUAUGCUUCAGAAGUCAUGAUCAUAAGCAAAUUGAGACACAGAAAUCUUGUUCAACUAACAGGUUGGUGUCACGAAAAAGGCGAGUUACUUCUUGUUUAUGAGUUCAUGGAGAAUGGAAGCUUAGAUAUGCAUCUCUUCAAUGGAAAAAGCUUGUUGACAUGGGGAACAAGGUAUAGAAUUGCUAAUGGAUUAGCUUCUGCUUUGUUAUAUCUACAUGAAGAAUGGGAGCAAUGUGUUUUGCAUAGAGAUAUCAAAUCGAGUAAUGUGAUGUUAGAUUCAAAUUUCAAUGCAAAGCUUGGUGAUUUUGGGUUAGCUAAGUUGGUUGACCAUGAUAAAGGCGCACAUACAACUACAUUGGCUGGAACCAGGGGUUACAUGGCUCCUGAAUAUGCAGUAAAUGGUAGGGCAAGCAAAGAAUCGGAUGUGUUUAGCUUUGGUGUCGUUUUAUUGGAAAUAACUUGUGGGAGAAAACCGAUUUUGCACAAACUUCAAGAAAAUGAAAUGCAAUUAGUAGAAUGGGUUUGGGACAAAUAUGGGAGUGGGACCCUACUAGAAGUAGUGGACCCACAUUUAGGUUUAGAUUAUGAUGAAGAAGAGAUUAAGAGGUUGAUGAUCAUUGGGCUAUGGUGUGUUCACCCUGACUCAAGCCACAGGCCAUCGAUGAGGCAAGUUAUUCAAGUACUCAACUUUGAAGCUUCAUUGCCCAUACUACCCUCAAAGAUGCCUGUGGCCACUUACUUGUUUUCAGACUUUUCUUCCGUGUCUUCUUCGUUAUAUGGUGAUACUACUUAUUCCUCCAUUAAUUACCCAUCGUCAAGUAAUGCAUCUAAUGUGGGUCGUUUAUGA